AUCAAAUAGAAAAGGUCAUAGCAGAGAUGAAAAAAUUGUUUUAAAAAGAUGAAUAUUUUGCUUUCAAAAAUAAUUUUAUUGACUUUUACUAUUAAUUUGGUAUUUGUAGGAAUAGACGCUGGUAAAAAACCAAGAAUUUACUAUGGAGAAAAUGCAGACAUUAAAGAUUAUCCAUACAUGGCAAUAGUGGGAAGUAAAAUUCAUACCGAUAACUCAAGUCGUUGCGGUGGAACAAUUAUUCAUCGUAAAUUUGUUGUAACAGCCGCUAGAUGCAUUUCAAAAUGUACAUGUAUCGAAGAAGCUGCAAAUCGAAAAAAAAUCGUUAAAUGUGUGAGAUAUAGUUGUAAACUAGUCGAGCCAGGCACAAUUUGGGUGCGAGCUGGUUCAACAUUUGGUCAUCAGAGGGCAAUACAGAACGAUGAGGCCAGCAAAUUAAUAUAUCAUCCUUUGUAUGAUGGUAAACAUCGUUUUGAUGUGGGAUUAAUUAAGUUAAAGAAUGCAAUUGAUAUCCCGUAUACAAAAGCCUUACCGCUUAAGCUACCCAGACCAAGAGAUGUUAUAAAUUCAACCGCUACGGCAUUUACCCUGGGGUGGGGUUUGACAGACAAACCAACAAAUAAUGUAUUGCAAAAAGCCAAUUUGGAAAUUUUAUCAAAUGACCAAUGUGAAUGGCAUAUGAAUUUAACUGAAUCACCAUUGGAAGAUAGUCAUGUAUGUGCAGGAGACAGUGGUGGAAUUUGUUUUGGGGAUGCUGGUGCCCCAUUGAUCUAUGAUAAUAAAUUACAUGGAAUUGCAACAUUUCCAAUAAGUGUGGAUUGUGAAUCUGAAAUGCCAUCGUUAUUUUUAAGAUUACCGCUUGUACUCGAUUGGCUCGCAUAUGCUUUGAUUUAUUUAUAA